AUGCAAGAUGAUGCCCAAUAAUCAGAAAUGAAAAGUAAAAGCUAGAAUUUAGUAUAAGAAGUGACCAUAAGUUAAGAAUUUGAAAUGCCAAUCAAUAAAACAAAGAGAUUUGUAUUGAUCCCACCACUUUCCUAAAUUAGAUUUGAAGAUGAGAAAAAUAGACUGCAAUAUAGUUGUCAUGCUAAGGAUGGGAGUGAAUUUGAUAUCUAGAUAGAAUUUGAAAAUAAGGCUGAUAAUGCAAGUAUUUUUGUUAGCUGUAAACCUGUUAGCCAAUAAUUGGAUCACUCAAAAAUUUAUAAAUUAUCAAGUUCAAUUUAGAGCAAAAAAACAAAAAAAUAAAAAGACAUCAAAAUAGAACCAAAGGACAAUCUUCUAAAACUCUAACUCACUCAAAAAGUCAAGGAAUAACAAUUGUGUUUGCAGAAUGAAAUUCUUAUAGAACUAGCACCAAAAUACAAUAGUCGGGAUGAAGUAGGAUAUACAGGUAUAAUCAAUAACUCAGCUACCUGUUAUAUGAAUAGUGUAUUUUAGAUUCUAUUUCAUCUGGGUAUAUUUGAGAAACUGGUCUAUUCAAUAAAGUCUGACUAGUACAAUUAGUUUCCAUGCACAUUACAAGCCCUGUUCUACAAUCUAAGACACAGUUAGAUAGCCAUUUCGACAUAAGAAAUCAUUAAGUCAUUCAAAUGGGACAAAGAUCAAUAAGCUCUUUAAUAGGAUGUUUAAGAAUUCAUCAUGGAACUUCUCAAAGCUAUGUGUAUAAAGGUGCCUGAAAUAGAGAAAGACAUUAAUGAACUAUUUCAAGGAGAGUUGGAGAAUCACAUAAAGAAUGAGAAGUUUGACAAUUCAAAUUCUGAAUAGUUUAUGGACAUCUCUUUGAAUAUCACCAAUUCUCUGAAUGAAUCUCUUGAGUUGUUCAUCUAAUCUGAAUAAUUGGAUGCUUAUACUCAUGAUGUGUAUGGUAAACAGGAAGCAAUCAAAUAUCAUAGAUUUAAGAAAUUGCCUCCAAUUUUACUCAUAAAUUUAAAGAGAUAUCAAUUUGAUGGACAAGGAUUUACAAAGAUUCAUGAUUACUUCUAAUAUGAUGAUGAAAUCAAUUUCAAAUAGUACUUAAUCAAUUAAGUAGAUGAGAUCUAUUAACUGUACGCUGUUUUAGUACAUAGAGGUGAAGCAAUUAACCAUGGUCAUUAUUACUGUUAUAUAAGACCUACCCAAAACUCUUAAGAAUGGUUCAAAUUCGAUGAUAAAAUAGUUACCAGAGCUACUAAAUAAGAAGUAUUCCAGAAUAACUUCGGUGGACAGUAUACCCAAGCUGAUUAUGAUGGAGAUUUGGAUGAAAUCAUCACUAAAAAAAAGAAUAAUCCUGAAACUGCUUAUAUGUUGGUUUAUAUCAAAGCAAAUUUACCAGAUAUUCUAGUAAGUCCAAAGGUUUUCCCAGAGUGGAUUCUGAAGUAAGAGCAGUUGUAUAAUGACACCCAAUUUGAAUAAAGACACUUCAUUUAAACAAAUAUAUUCACUAUCAAUCAUUUGAAUCAGAAUCAAUGUUAGCAAAUGAAAACAGGUAUCAUUUUUCAUAAAUCUGCCUUAAAUUAAUCUAUUGAUUAAAAUGUCAUUGAAGAAUUCUUUGAUUAAUAUACAACACCUUUACUUAUUCCUAAAAUAAUAACUGUUCAAUAGAUCAUUGAUCAAUUAAGUGAAAAGAUAAAUGUAGAUAAAAAAUAUCUACAUUUAUUAAUGUAUAAAAUAUCACAUUUGAAACCAAAUUUGGAAUCAGUUAUUUAAAUGCAACCACAAAAGAAUCUGUCAUUCUAUUUGGCUAAUAAAAUCUACUUAUUUGGAUUAAUGUUACUUUCUACUAAUUUCGAAGAUCAAAUACUCAUUAACAAUUAUUUUGGAGUUGAUAAAAUCAAAUUAGAUUUAAUGCCUCAAAUUGGAGGAGGCAAGAAUUCUAAAGAAAAUAAAAGUAUAGUAGACAACAAAGUAUUAGUCAUUAUUAAGACCUACUCUAAUAAAAUAAUUGAAUUCGAUUAAAUAUUGCUACUUGAUAAGGGAUAACCAAUUUUAGAUACCAUUAAUAGAGAAUACACUAAUAAUAACUAAAUUAAAAUCUAUUAUUAAAAUGACAAUUUGGAAUUUAGAUAGCAAAAUUCAAUGUUUAAAAAUACGGAAUAUAUUUAAGUUUAUUUGGAUUUCCAGAAUGAAUUGGAAACAGAUAUCGAAUAAAUCAACAAUCUAAGAGAAGUCAUAAUCAAAGUACUCAAUGAAUCCUAAUGCACUUCUUAGUUAUUUAAUAAAAAUGAUUCUACUUCUGCUUUAUUAGAUUUCCUUGCUUAAUUGGAGGAUUGUAAACAAGAAAACAUUUAGAUCAAAUAUAAGGACAAAAAGGGGAACAUCUAAACCUUGUAACAAUAAAUGAAAAUAGAAGAACUGAUCUAAUUUGAUAAUAACAUUAGUUAUAAAUAAACAAUAGUACCAAUAGGAGCAUUGAAAGAACAAAUGAGCUUUUAGGUUGACAAUCAAACUUAUAUCAUCUUAAAGAGUAUGAGUUUCGCAGAAUUCAUGGAGUAAGAACAACUCUCUCCCACUACUCAUGUUCCAUUAUUGAUUUCGAAAAAGGAUAAAAAACAAGCUCAAGUCUAAUUAGAUCUUACAUAAAAGAUAUCAAGAUACACAUAUAAACAUGAAAUUAAAUUUAUAAAACCAAUCGUCCUUGGAACUGAUAUUUAUUUGAUUUGCUUUUUGUAAAGUGUUGAUAUUGUGUUGUUGUGUAAUCCAAUUGUAUGUUAAGUCUCUUAGAAUAACACAAUAGCAGAAAUGGUCAAUAGGAUUAUAUAAGAUGUUAGUUAGGCUCCUAUUUAAUACAAAUCUUAAUCGAUUUAGAUCACUGAGGACUUUAUUUAUAGUUCAGAGGAUAACAAGACCAGAAGACUAGAAUAACAAAUUAGAGUUCGAAUUAAUAAUUAAGAAAUUUAAUAGGAUACUCAAAUGGGAAUUGGAUCUCUUAUGCCUGAACUUAAACAAUUGACACUCGUAAUGACUUUUCUGACUAUUAGAGAUACAAAGGUUGAUAAAUUGAGGUAAAAGGGAGUCUAAAUUUUUUGA